GGGGGUGCAAUUGAAAUUAUGAGUAAACUAGUUGGGCUUACUGAGGUGUGAUUUAGAAAGAAGCUGAUUGGCUGCCGCACCAGAUACACGUCAUCGCAGUUCCAGAAGCACCGCAGUUAUCCCCAAAAGGAAAAAGAGAGAGAAGAGAGAGAGAGCGGAACAAUGGGAGGAGUGGGGAGGCGAUGGGUGGCAGCGGCGGCGGUGGCGGCGUUGGCCGGAGUGGUUAUUAUGAGAAGCCAGGUGGGUUUGGAUAAAGGGAGCAAGUCGGCGGUGAUGCAGUGGUCGAGAGAAAUGUCGGAUCGUAUGGGAUAUUGGGCAAUCCCCAUCUACGUCGGAGUACACACUCUCACACUGGCGCUUUGCCUCCCCUACGCCGUCUUCUUUGAGGCCGGUGCUUCUAUGCUCUUCGGUUUCUUGCCUGCCCUUUUGUGCGUCUUCUCGGCCAAGGUCCUCGGUGCAUCCCUCUCCUUUUGGAUCGGCAGGCUAGUGUUGAGAAGUUCAGGUACAGCAGUUGAAUGGGUGCACAAGAAUAAGUACUUUAACAUGCUGUCAAGGGGAGUUGAAAGAGAUGGGUGGAAGUUUGUUCUUCUGGCACGUUUUUCACCUGUACCAUCGUAUGUAAUAAAUUAUGGAUUGGCUGCUACAAAUGUUGGGUUUGUCGUCGAUUUCUUGCUUCCAACGGUCAUUGGAUGCAUACCCAUGAUUUUGCAGAACACUUCAAUCGGCAGCCUUGCAAGUGCUGCUGUAUCAUCGGCUUCGGCUUCGGAUUCCAACAAGUCUCGUAUUUCUUCAUAUGUGUUUCCACUUAUUGGAAUCUCAUCCAGCAUUCUUAUCUCUUUGAGGAUCAAAAAGUAUUCCUCCGCCAUCUCCAUUUCUGAUGAUCAAAAUGUUGACGCCGUCAACAAAAAAUGAACACAUUCUAAUUUUACUUACUAUUUACUUGUAGUGUAUGCCCGAUUUUUUGUUGUGUCGGUCUCUAAUCUUUACGAACAAGUUAUGGUAAUUUGAGAUUAUUAUUAAACUUUUUAAUUUUAAUUUUAAUUUUAUGGUGAGGUGA